GUUUAAGCUAGUGGCAACCGCACGGUGACUAUGGUGAGGUGGUUGGUUAGUUUAUUCUGCGCUGCGUUAUGCAGUACAGUACUAUGUGUGGAAAGGGAGACUAGAAUAGUAGAAAUCUCACAAGGACCCGUAAGAGGCUAUAAGGACCCUGAAUAUGGCAUCUUCACCUUCUUUGGUAUCCCCUACGCGACUGCUCCUACAGGACUAGACAGAUAUAAGGCUCCUCUCCCAGAACCAUCAUGGGUAACUCCGUUCGAUGCUGACAAUGACAGAAUUAUAUGUCCGCAAGCAUCGAUUCCCUUAUUCGAACCGUUUUAUAAAAAUGUGGAUAUGUGGCAAAAUUGUUUGAUUGCAAACGUAUACGUACCCGAUACGACUGAGAAGAAUUUACCAGUAUUGGUUGUAAUUCACGGAGGAGGUUUCCAGGUUGGAAGUGGCAACCUUCUCCAGGCGAAAAGUUUAGUUAAAAGUCAAAACAUUAUCACUGUAACUUUCAACUACCGCCUUGGGGUACUUGGCUUUUUAUGUUUGGGUACCUCUAAUGUUCCUGGCAAUGCCGGUAUGAAAGAUCAAGUGGCACUGUUAAGGUGGGUGAAGAAGAACAUAGCUAACUUCGGAGGUAACCCCGAUGACGUCACAAUAUCCGGAUACAGUGCCGGCUCGGCAUCAGUGGAGCUACUGAUGUUGUCGCCUUUAGCAAAGGGAUUAUUCAAUAAAGCAAUUGCAGAGAGUGGUUCAGCUCUCGGAUCAUUUGCUGUUCAGACAGACCCUCUGGAAAAUGCUAAAGUAUUAGCGGGAAGGCACAACAUAGAACACUUAGAUGACGCUUACGCCUUAGAAGAAUUUUAUAAGAAUGCUUCUUUAGAGACACUUAUUAGCGAUUCUUUCUUUUUUGUGAAAGAUUCUACAACAUACUUUUCACCGUGUCUAGAGAGUGACGUAGGACAAGAGAUUUUCCUUGCUGAAAGUCCGUAUAAUAUUCUAAAAAGUGGAAAUUAUGAAAAACUUCCUUUACUUGCUGGUUUUGCUGACAGUGAAGGUUUGAUGCGAGCUGAUAUAUUCGAUCAGUGGAAAAAUGAUAUGAAUGACAAUUUUUCAGAAUACAUUCCUCAUAACCUUCAAUUUAAGAGUAAGUUAGAGAAAGAGAGUGUUGUUAAAGAAAUAAAAGAAUUUUAUUUUGGUAACAAAAAAGUUGGUGAUGACACUAUAUUGGCUUAUGUAAACUUUUUCUCUGAUGUUGUUUUUCAUUACCCUGCACUUAAAGCUGUCGAGUAUCACGUGAAAGCUGGAAAUAAAGUUUAUUUAUAUGAAUAUAAUUAUGUUGAUGAAUUGACACCAGUUAUUCCACAUACUGAAGUGAAGGGGGCGAAUCAUUGCACACAAACUCUAGCUGUUUUUGACGGACUUUUAUUUCCUAAUAUCGCCGAAAAUGAUUUACCUGAAAACUAUAAGAAACAUAAAGCCAUUAUGAGACAACUGUGGGGCAACUUUAUCAAAACAGGAGCACCUGUCCCGGAAAGUUCCUCACUGCCUUCGUGGCCACCAACGGGGGAGAACGCCUCACCUCACAUGUCGUUAGGACAGAAGAUAGAAUUGCGUGGUUCACUGAUAACAGAUCGUGUACGGAUGUGGGACAAGAUCUACAAACAACACUACAGAAAACCCGAAAAAGCUAACCCCUUAGCGUAUAUUCGGCAUUCAGAACUAUAAAAACCUUUACCUACCAAUAUCUAACAAUGAUGAUAAAUAUUGUAAAAAGUUUUUAUAUUUGAUGCUGAUUAAAUUAGUUUCAUAGUUUCUUAUAUGCGUAAUUUAUUUAUAAAAACAAGAAAGUGUUUGCAUCUUGUAUAAAAAAGUGUGAUUGAAUCUAAAAGUUUUAAUUCAAUCACACUUUCACACUGCUCCGGAUAUACGACUUCCCGCCACCGCAUCUCGAACAAUAAUGCCCUUAUUGUAUUCAUAAAAUAAGAAGU